UGAGAGCGAGUAUUAUGUUAGCUUCGGUGCUAGCUAGUGUCGUAUUUUAACGUGUAACACCCUGCAGUCAACAAUGAGCUGUUUCGUCAUCUGAAAUCCUUCCGUCCUGCACCAUGUCACACAACUACUGCAGAAGAAGCCCACCAGAUGAUUUUCAGUCUCAUCAAGACAUGUAUGCUGAUUCGUACCAGAGGAAGUCGGAUAGGUAUCGAAGAGCUGCAUCUCAGGAACCACCCCAUUCUAUGGCAGCUUCCAGCAGAUCUGUGGACGUUUCCGUCCGUCUACCUGGAAAUGCUAGGUCCUUUCUUCAAAGCUGUGGACUUGACCCAACCGACCUCGCCCAACUUGCAGAACUUCCUGAGCAUCUCAUCACUAUCGACACACUUCCCAAACUGCUUUUACAGAUCAAAGAACAAAAAGUGUCCAGUACUUUAUCUUCCAGGUCCAGCACAUCUGUUUGGGAAGACAGCAGCAACUUAAAAUCCAUCAAGUAUCCAUUAGAUAAGUCUGCACCUUCAGCGUUUCCUCUCCCCCCAGAUCAAGUUCAAAGCUGGCAAGACCGCUGGGGGAACCCUCGUCAAACAAGAGCUGUGGCUAAUGGCAGUAGUGGCUCCAGUAGUAAAAGCAGCAGAGUUCUGGACUAUGGUCGCUCCAGGGACAGUGACGACCUAUAUUACAGCAAAAAAGUUUAUACCUCAGCAGCAUUAGAGUCUUCAUCAACAGAUUCACACUCUUUUACGAAUUCUGACAGAGGUCUAAGGCCUUUGCUUUCUUUCGUAAUAGACAGUAAUAAUCUUUGUAAAAAGGUUCCUACUAGGAAGGAGGCAUCAGACUUCUUAGGCAAAGUUCCCCCAGUUUUUCCUUAUGCAUGCAUUCUCUGCAACAUCACAGUACUUUCUAAAAAGGACUGGACUGUGCACAUUAGGAAUACUCAGCAUGCCAACAGUCAGUUUAAUCUCUUGCAAAAGUACCCUAAGUGGGAUCAUACUCUUGAAUCUGCUAGAAGGAAUGAAAGCCACCUACCACCAAAGCACAGCUUCUCAGAUACAGGAGAAGAUUUCAGGAUGCCAACCAAGAAGGAAUUAUCAGCCUUCCAAGGCAGAAUCCCUCCUGUUUUUCCAUACUUGUGUGUUCUUUGUAACAUUACUGUCCUCUCUGAAAAGGAAUGGUCUCUGCACAUUACAGGUGCUUUCCAUGCUAAGAGUCAGCUUAAACUUCUGGAAAAGUACCCAGAGAGGGAUCAGGGUCAUGCAUCUGCUAGAAGAGAUACUGAUGUUUAUGACAAACGAGAAUCACAAAAUUCAACUUGUCGAAGAUCUACCUCAGGAGAACACAGUUCUCACAAUGGCUCUCCUAGUCCUAAAAGAAGACGCUCGUCAGACAAGAUUCACUCUUCUAAUGGUCAGCGGUUAAAAGAGAAAGAUGAUUCUCGACACUCCAAGGAAAGAUCAUCUAAAAAAAAAUCCUCUCAUUCCUCACGUUCGACUGCUAAUCCUGAAUCUUCAAAGAAGGCAUACAGUUCUUCACGUUCUCCUGGUAAAGACGGUUCUUGGAAGAAGUCAUCUCGAUCCUCUUAUUCUCCGGCUACACGGGAAUCAAAGAAGUCAUCUCGAUCCUCUUAUUCUCCAGCUACACGGGAAUCAAAGAAGUCAUCUCGAUCUUCUUGUUCUCCAUCCAAACUUCGGAGUACAAAUUCAGGUGGAGAUACUGCAGUGAGACAAAGUGUCGGCGACAAAAGUGUUGCAGCACAAGACUCAGACAGUGACCUUGUAGGGAUGAAAGUGAUCGCAGAUAAGGGAGAAGAACUAAAACUCGAGUGUGAGGAGCCAGACCCAAAAGAACAAGCUGAAGUACUAAAGGAGGAGGAUGAUUUUGACUUCCCAGAGAACUUUGAAAACUGUGUCAUCUUAGAUGAACUUCAGGAGGAAACAUCUUCAUUUUGUCAAGAUGAACCAGUACAACCAGCAGACAAUGAACCAACUGAGGUGGUGUCUGAUGAAGUAACAGAAGCCGUAGAUAAUCCAAUCCCUACCACCAACACGGACACUAAGUCAAGUCAUAAUGAACCCCAACAGUCUGAAAACUUAGAAAUCAGUGAACCAGCUAUGACGACUGAGAGCUCUGAUGUUGUCCUAACUAAUCCUGACCAGUCUGUAGAGGAACAGGACAGUGAGGCAGUAACAGACAGCUUUGAGGAAGCAUUUAAUGAAGUUACCACAAAUUAUCCAAGUGCUGCCACCUCAAUAAACUCUGAGCAAAGUCAUAAAGAACCCGAUCAGCCUAAAGAAGAGAGUAUCAGCACUAUAGCUGCAGAGACCAAGAACUCCGAGGAUGUACAAAAUACUGUUUCAGAGGAACAGGACAUAGAAAACGUUACAAACGGCAUGAAGGAAACUUUUGGCAAAGUCCUUGAGGUAAGAAACCUUCCAAAGGCAGAAGACUACACAGAUUUGGAUUUAAUAAACAUUAUAAGGAGAUAUGGAAAUGUUAGCCACCAUGUAUUGCUUCACAGUCAUAAAAAGGGGUUUGUUGAGAUGGAGAAUGUCUGUGAUGCUGAGAGAGUUGCUGCUGAUGCCGAAAAGCAAGAUGUUGCACUACGUGGUCAUGUUUUGAUGAUCAAAGUGUUGCAGAAAUACAGCAGUUUACCAGCAGAAGGGUUAAGUGCUGAUUCUGAUUCUGAAGAUGAGGAUAACAGUAAGAACCAGAGUGAUGCUGCAUCUGAAAAUACAAAGUCUGAGCCAUCAAGUGAUGCUGUACUACUAAACCAGCCAGUUGGAACAGAGUUUGUGCGUCCUGUAGUGGGAUAUUUCUGUAACUUGUGCAAUGUGAUUUAUGCAAGUGAAGAGGAAGCGAAAGAUGAACACUGCAGAACUCCAUCGCACCGUGAAAAAGUGAAGGAACACAAGGCUAAAAAUGGAUGAACAUUAUCUCUGUUAGAGGAAUUACACUGAUUUGCUCAGGAACAUACCUUCAAUCGUCCUGAUUAGCAGAGAACGAGCUGAGAGGUGUCUUUGUUUUAAUAUAAUGGAUUGUGAUUGUAAUUAUUUAUUAUAUAAAAGCAAAUGCCAUGGUACAUUGUGCAAUAUGAUUUCAUGUUAGUUGUUCUGUUUGUGUCUUAAUAUAGCAGAGCUAAUUGUAAUCUGUAUUGUUAAUGUUUGUUUUUGUUUUUUAAUUA